GGCCUGAGGAACACACCACCCGGGGGGAAGCCGUAACGUCGUGAGCCGCCAGAGUAAUCCGGGAGCUGCUGCGGCUAUAUUGGUUGUGACAUGGGAAAGGAUGAGGGUAUCCCAGUGAGAGUGGCAUUACGCUGCCGUCCUCUUGUGGCCAAGGAGAUAAAUGAAGGAUGUAAGACAUGCCUUACAUUCAUACCAGGAGAGCCUCAGCUAAUUGUGGGUACCGAAAAGUCGUUUACUUAUGAUUAUGUCUUUGAUCCAACAACUGAGCAGGAAGAGGUCUAUAAUUCAGCCGUUAGUCCUCUAAUUAAGGGGUUGUUUAAAGGCUACAAUGCUACAGUACUUGCCUAUGGACAGACUGGUUCUGGGAAGACCUUUUCAAUGGGAGGCGCAUAUACUCAUGAUCAAGAAAAUGAACCAACUGUGGGAGUCAUUCCACGCGUUAUCAAGGCACUCUUCAAUGAAAUAGAACAACGAACAGAUUGGGAGUUUCAAUUAAAAGUUUCUUAUUUAGAGAUCUACAAUGAAGAAAUUUUGGAUUUAUUGGACUCUCAUAAAGACAAGUCUAGUUCAAUUAGCAUACGCGAAGACCCCAAAGAGGGAAUUAAGAUCUUUGGUUUGACAGAACGUGACGUGAAGGCUGCCUUUGAUACAGUGCAUUGCUUGGAACUAGGGAAUAAUUCUCGAACUGUAGCAUCUACAGCUAUGAACUCCCAGUCAUCUCGUUCACAUGCUAUCUUCACUAUUGCUAUUGAUCAAAGGAAGGUUGGAGAAAAAAAUAGCAGUUUUCGCUCAAAAUUACAUCUUGUAGACCUUGCAGGAUCUGAAAGGCAGAAGAAGACAAAGGCUGAAGGUGAUCGUUUAAAGGAAGGGAUCAGUAUUAAUCGUGGUUUAUUGUGCCUGGGAAAUGUCAUCAGUGCAUUGGGAGAUGAAAGUAAAAAAGGCAAUUUUGUCCCCUACAGAGACUCCAAACUCACUCGCCUAUUGCAAGAUUCACUUGGAGGCAACAGUCACACUCUUAUGAUUGCAUGUGUCAGUCCUGCUGAUUCCAACAUGGAAGAGACUUUAAACACACUGCGUUAUGCAGAUAGAGCCAGGAAGAUCAAGAACAAACCUAUUAUAAAUACUGAUCCACAGGCUGCAGAGCUGCAUCGUCUCAAGCAACAGGUGCAAGAGUUACAGGUUUUGCUUCUCCAGGCGCACGGGGGAACGCUUCCUGUCCUAACAGGCAUUGAACCAUCAGAAAAUCUGCAGUCUCUUAUGCAAAAGAACAAAACUCUAGAGGUGGAGAACGGAAAGCUGAGUCGAGAGUUGGGCGAGGCAGCACAGCAAACUACUCAAAUCCUUGAAAGAUUUAUCAUAGCUGAACAAGAGAAUGACAAGUUAAAUAGCAAGAUGGAUGAGCUCAGACAUCAUGAUGCGUGCAAAGUCGAUCUGGAAAGGCUGGUGGAGACACUAGAAGACCAGGAACUGAAGGAGAAUGUAGAAGUGAUUCGUAAUUUGCAGCAAUUUAUAGUAGAACUCCAGGAUGAAAGCUCUGGCAUUGCUGCCUCAAUGGAGGCAAUGGCUGAGAAUGUUAUGGAUACACCUGACGCGGUGGAGAAGGGAGUGAAUGGAGAAAAACGCCCAUCAGAUGGCUUCACUGCUGAUCAUGCCCUUAGACAGGCUCAACUUUCCAAGGAGCUGAUAGAAUUAAAUAAAGCAUUGGUGCUAAAAGAAGCCCUUGCCAGGAAGAUGGCUCAGAACGACAGCCAGCUGGAGCCCAUUCAGGGUGAAUACUUGAACAACAUAAAAGCACUGGAGUCAGAAGUGGGUGCUCUGCAGAAGGAGAAAGAAGAGCUGAUCCUCGCUUUGCACUCUGCCAAGAAAGAUGUGAAUCAAGCCAAAUUGAGUGAAAGGCGGCGCAAGAGGUUGCAGGAACUGGAGGGUCAGAUGAAUGAGCUAAAGAAGAAGUUGAUUGAAAAGUCAAAGCUUCUAAAACUUAGGGAGGCCACCGAGAAAACUGUCUCAAAGCUCAACCAUGAUAUCCAGUCAAUGAAAGUACAGCGUGUGCAGCUUAUGAGGCAGAUGAAGGAAGAUGCUGAAAAGUUUCGCUCAUUUAAACAACAGAAAACGAAAGAGGUUAUUCAGCUUAAGGAGAAGGACCGCAAGAGACAAUAUGAGCUACUUAAGCUUGAACGAGACUUCCAGAAACAGGCCAGCGUCUUACGAAGAAAAACUGAAGAGGCGGCAACUGCCAACAAACGUCUAAAGGAAGCCCUUCUGAGGCAGAGAGAAGCCAUGGACAGACGCAAAGAUGCAGCACACAAAGGAAUGGAAGGGGCUGCAGCCAGAGUCAGAAAUUGGCUUGCUAAUGAAGUAGAGGUUCUUGUUAGCACGGAAGAAGCUCAGAGACAUCUAAAUGACUUACUGGAGGACAGGAAGAUCCUAGCUCAAGAUAUUUCACAACUAAAACAAAAAGAUACAGGAGAAUCCAUUCCUCCAAAAAUACGGAGACGUACCUACACUGUAGCAGAGCUGGAAAAUAUGGAGCAAGAGGCGUCAAUCACAAAACAGAUUGAGAGUCUAGAGACUGAGAUGGAGCUUAGGAGUGCACAGAUAGCAGACCUGCAACAGAAGUUGUUGGAUGCAGGCAAUGAGGAGGACAAAGCCAAACAGAGAUGGGAAACCAUUUCAAAUAUAAUGGAAGCAAAAUGUGCACUUAAAUAUUUGAUGGGAGAGCUUGUCUCUUGCAAAAUUGAAGUCAGCAAGCUGGACAGCAGCUUGAAACACAAUAAAGCACAUGCUGCAGACCUUCAGAAGACCAUCUUUGAGGAACGCAAUCAGAUGGCUGAAAUGGAAACGGAGCAUCAGAGCCAGCUUGUACAGUUAGAACAGCAGCACCAAGAGAAGAUCCUGUACUUGUUAAGUCAGCUACAGCAGAAGCAGACAUCAUCUUCUGAUGAGGUAGAAGAAGACAAAGUAACGGAGCGGGAGGCACAACUAAUGGAAAGGUUGAAAUUUCAGGAUGAAGAAAUUGAGAAAAUGAAGGAGCUGUGUGAAAAGAACCAACAGCUUCUCCAAGAAAAUGAAAUCUAUAAACAGAGACUAACCCUUCUUCAGGUCGCAAGUGCAAAGAAAAUGUGCAACAUCUUCCCAGAAACUGUAGAAAAUUCUCCAGGCUCUCCCUUCGACUUCAUACCUCCAAAGCCAAAAAAUAGACGACGAACAAAAACAACGGCUCUGAUUCUGGAGGACCUGCUAUCUGAGUCUGAGGAGUCUGGAGAUGAAACAAAUGACAAAAAUUGGAAGCCUGGUGGCAAAGGGAAACAAACGAAAAAAGUGUUAACUGGGUGCUCUUGUAAGGCACGAUGUGGAAAUAAAAUGUGCCGCUGCAGAAAGACAAAGCAGAACUGCUCGGAGGAUUGCUGCUGUGACCCUUCAAAAUGCAGAAACCGAGAGAGUCCCAGUGAUGAUGUAAGCGGAGAGGAUCAGUCACAGGAAUCUGAAAGUUCCUUAAAAGCAGAGUACCCAGCAGAUGUAACAGCUGGUGGCUCCUUCUUUACACCACCAUGUGUCACCCCCACCUCCAAGGUGCUCCGUGAAAUAGGUGAUAUAGGUCAAGUGCUUUCAUUUAGACUUCAACGGAAACAAAGCACUAGCUCAGAUGCACAACCCAGUUCAGAAUCUCAAGAAAACCAGCCUUCUAUAUUGAAGAAAAAGAAAAAAGCUCUGUGCAACAGUAAUGCCAGUUUCUUCUCUGGUUUCUCCCCGAUCACAGAGGAUGAAUAAAGCAGAACAUCUGCUCAGAGGCUUUCAUUCUGCCACUGUACAACACAAACAUUCUUAGUCACAGCAUUGCCCUGUGUAACAGAGUGGUAAAUGUCAUACUUGGGGUGAAACGUGCUGCUGAGUGUUAACUCAUUCUCAUUGAUUGGUGAAAACCUGAACAUACAACUAAGUGUUCAGAAAUUAAAACCUUGUAAAUAUUUAUGUGUGUCUGAAGCCUUAUGUCUAGGUUGCUUGGGUUAUGUGCCGAAGGAGAAUAAUAUACCCACGGUCUUGGGUUUCAUUUAAUAUUUUAAAUUUGGUAAAGGGCACUGUAUAGGCCAUAAUCUAUAUAGCCCCUUGUAGUUAUGCUGCCAGCAUACCCCUGGCACUGUUCCCCAAGUUCUGUCAGUUUUUGAGUUUUCUGAAACUCAGGUGCUCAUGGCCUGCUAGCUUGCUUAGCAUUGUGGAAUUUACUUCUCCUCUGCAUUUUCAUUACCGAAAAGCAUUCUUUACUGGGAGAGAUGGCUGUCUCACUAAGCCAGUGAAUGCUGUCUAAAUAUGGACCUAAUUAAUAUUGCCAAUGUGAAAGUGUAACAAAGGGCUGGGCUGCAAGAACCUUCUGUGUAAACUGUUUGAAAAUGGUUUGACACAGAAUUGGAGCAAUGCCAGGUGCAUGCUGGAACCAUACCCACUGCAACAGGCUGUAGUGGUUGUGUUCUUUAAUUUUAGACUGGCAGAAGCCUUAGAGUAUAGUCAGUGUACAUAGUAACUAGUCCCAAAUGAACUGUGAAGUCUUAAAUUACUCCAAUCCCAGAUUCUCUGUAGAUUUCAUAAACCCUGUAGACCAAAGUCUGUCUGCUCUGGUCUACAGUGUCAGAUUGUAUUAAUGUUCUUGCAUCAAAUUCUUGUGAUUACUUGUU